AUGAACGAAGAAAUCAAAAAGAAAUUUUGUCACCUCUUGAUGUUCGAUGUCUCCGAACCUGGACAACAACAAGACGCGAUCACAACUAACAUCAAACCUGAUGAAAAUAACGAAAUUGGUGAAGAAGGAAUCACCGUCGCGAAGGAAGAAAUACCUCAAGCUUUUGUCUACCAUCCCUAUGAUGACGGCUCGAUAUUUAAGAGCUCUGCCUCCGCUGUGAAAAAGGGCAGCAGUAACGUCGCGGCGACGAUAAGAGCUCGGCAGCGAAAACCGAGAGCGAAAAAGCCAAAAAGAACUCCACGCCCGCCGAAUGCCUUCAUACUUUAUAGAAAAGAUAAGCAACCCGGGGUUGUUGCACAGAGUAAGAAUUUGACCAACGCCGAAGUUUCAAAAGUAAUCUCAAAAAUGUGGUGGAAGGAAACCGAAGAAGAACGAUUCAAAUGGGAUAAGUUUGCCGACCGAAUGAAAUUAAAGCACAUGCAAGAUCACCCCGAUUAUGUCUAUCAACCGAAGAAGCCUGGCACCAAGAAGACGCGAAAGACUUCCAAAGGUCGAGGCAGUUCCAUAUCACAGUCAUCUUCAACCGCUACAUUCUCUGCCAUUUCCAACUCCACCAGGAGUUCUCCCCUAGCCGAUGAAGCAAUGAUCACCGCAAUAGCCGAAUCAGCGUUCGCCGAGAGCAGGUCAUCUCCGACUCCAUUUUUUCUAACCAACUCAUCACCAUCGUCGCCCUCGUCACUACCUUCACCCCCACAAUCCGAAGAUGGGUCGGCUUCCUGUGAACGUUCACCACUCAUGAACCAAGGUCUCAUCCAGUCGGCCAACAAUUUAAGGGUACAGCAGAAUCUCCACACCACACAAAUUUUAUAUACUCACCUACCACCGACCCCAACCGAGAUGGUUCAUUAUGAUCAGUACCUGUUGCCCUCUAACGACAGCCUUCAUCACAACGGCAAUAAUAGCACAUUUGUACAUGUGCAAAAUUUUGGCACCUUAGACGCGAACGGAAGAACAUUUUUUCACGCAACUCCGGAUUACAUGUCACCACAUGCACUAAACAAUCACCAUGGAAUAGAUACGUACUUGGAUCCUCAACCGGUUGACAAAUUCAACUACUACAUGAGUCACGAACAUCCGGGUCCAGCCUCUUAUGCCACAAUUCAAGCCUUCAACUCUGAUCAGGUGGUGGAAAGCUACAGUGAUCAUAAUGGAGAGGGAAAUGGUGGGAGCGGGGGCGGCAGCGGUUUACUGGAUGAAUUAUUCAACAAUAACACGGUAACUGCGAGCGCGACUCCCGAAAACGAAGAUAUGAACACUUAUAUCGAACAACAACAUCCUUUUCCCUUUUCCAGGCGAAACAGCUUAUGUUGUUCUGUUUCCAUG